CGAAAGUAUACAUAGAAAGUAGAAAACUCACUUUAAUAAAAAUAAAAAAAAUAAAAAAAUAAGAAGUAUACACUAGACGACGCCGUUUUGUAAAUUCCUCGAGUUCUCUUUCCGCAUUCUGCAGUCCGCGACACAAAAAUUUUCUGCAACCAAGUUUCACAUUUCUCGAUUCCGCAGCUGAAGAUCUGCAUCAAUUCAUUCAUACAAUCAAAAUCCAGAAUUUUUUCACCAAAAAAUUUGGGAUCAACUGUUCACAUUACUCUACAAGGAUUUACAGUUGCCCAAUUUUCGGGCGGUUGAAGAUGAAUUUGAAACUGAUCCAAUUCGUUUCAAUUCUUAUCUUUGUAAUUCCUUCCAUUGUCCGAUCAAGUUCUAUCCUCGGCAUCUCUCCUGAAGAUGAAAAGUACUACAAUACAGCGUCUGAAUUUAUUAAAUGUAAAGACGGAUCCAAGAAAAUCAAUCGAAAUCAGCUUAAUGAUGAUUUCUGUGACUGUCCUGAUGGUUCCGAUGAACCAGGAACAUCUGCAUGUCCAAAUGCACAAUUCUAUUGCCGGAAUGUAGGGCAUAUGCCUCUUAUAUUAUACUCUUCGAGGGUGAAUGAUGGAAUAUGUGAUUGUUGCGAUGGAAGUGAUGAGUAUGAUGGUCAAGUUAAGUGCCAAAAUACAUGUUGGGAAGCUGGGAAAGCGGCUAGGGAUAAGUUAAAAAAGAAGAUUGCAACAUAUCAAGAGGGGGUGGCUUUGCGGCGAAAGGAAGUUGAGCAAGCAAAGGUGGCAUUUGCCAAAGAUGAGGCCGAAUUGUCUAAGCUGAAGAGUGAGGAGAAAGUAUUGAAGGACCUAGUUCAACAGCUCAAGGACCACAAGGAACAAAUAGAGAAAGCAGAGGAGAAGGAACGUCUAGAGAAGGAACGUUUAGAGAAGGAAAAAGAAGAGAAGCUCAAGAACGAGUUGGAAAAAGUAUCUUCACAGGAAAAGGCGCAAAAUGAGGAGAAAGGUGAUAGUGGGAAUGAAAAACAUGAUGAUAGUACACAUGUCGAGGUCAUAGGCAGUCAUGAUGAUUCCUCAGAGCAGAGUGUUGAAGAAACGGAUUCCAAAAUCAUUCAAGUCGAAGGAUCUCCUAGUAGUGCAGCUGAGCUGGAGAACAAUGAGGAACCUGAAAAAGAGAACAAUGAAGAACCCACUGCUCCAGCUGAGCCUGGCUCUGACCAUGAAAAGGAGGACGGAACAGCUGGAUUGGAGAAUCCAGAAGGUUUGUCCAAGGAAGAGCUAGGUCGUUUAGUUGCUUCUCGUUGGACAGGGGAAAAAGCUGAUCACAAGCCUGAAGGUUCAGAUGACAUAAAAAAUAUUGAUCACCCAGAUGAAACAUCGAAAGAUAGGAAUGAGGAAGAUUAUGAUGGCUAUGCUUCUGAAUUUAAUGAGGAUGACCACAAAUAUGAAGACAAUGAUGCAAACAAUCAUAAUUAUGAUGAUCACUCAGAUGAUGAAUAUACUCCAGAGGAUCAUGAAGAUUCAAGUUCAUACAGGUCUGAUUCUGAUGAUGAAUCAGUACAUUCAGAUACAUCAACCUCGAGUAACCCAUCGUGGCUAGAGAAAAUACAAAGUACAGUGAAAAGCAUUCUGCAGGCUGUUAAUUUAUUUCAGACUCCACUCAACAUUACAGAUGCGGCCCGAGUACGAAAGGAAUAUGAUGAUUCAAGUGCCAAAUUAUCUAAAAUACAAUCAAGAAUUUCAAGUUUAUCUGAAAAAUUGAAACAAGAUUUUGGACCUGAGAAGGAAUUUUAUUUACUUCAUGGUCAUUGUUUCGAGACCAAGCAAAACAAGUACACUUAUAAGGUUUGCCCAUAUAAGAAGGCUACUCAAGAAGAAGGACACAUGACAACACGUUUAGGGCAGUGGGAGAAGUUUGAGGACUCAUACAGAGUCAUGUUAUUUGCAAAUGGUGAUAAAUGCUGGAAUGGACCUGAUAGGAGUUUAAAGGUUAAGCUCAGAUGUGGUUUCAAGAACGAGGUUACUGAUGUAGAUGAACCAAGCCGCUGCGAGUAUGUUGCUUUGUUAUCAACUCCAAGCGUUUGUUUUGAAGGAAAACUAAAGGAGUUGCAAGAUAAGUUGGACGCUUUAAACCGUGAGCAACCACCCAGUCACGAUGAGCUAUAAUGUCCUUGAAGCUUCCAUCAAAAUCUGACUGUAAGUCUGUAACACUCCAAAGGUCUCGCUGGAAGAUAACCAAGUUCCUGGUACAGGUGCUUGAUGUUUCUGAGCAGUUUUUGCAGCAAAUAGUUCUUCCAUACAAAAUUUAGGCUCUUAGGUGUAUUGACAUUAAAUAACAGGUCCGGACCAACUAAUUUUGAUUCUCAUAUUGAUCGUAGUGUCUUCUUGAACAAUUGAAAGCAUCUCAUGGCGUAAUUUAUUGCAAUUGAGUUUGAUGUUUUUGAUCGGUCA